AGCCGAUCAGCGCGAUGGGCAACGCCGUGAAGGCCAUUCAGCAAGGCCAGUACAAGACUGCGCUGCCGAUUGUGGACGACUCGGAACUGGGUGACCUGUCGCGGCAUAUCAACAACCUGGCCGAAGGUCUCAACCAGGCCAGCCGCGAACAGCAGCAGGCCAUGGCCCAGUUGAUCCAGACCCGCGAAGAGGCCGAGCGCGCCAACAAUGCCAAGUCGGAUUUCCUGGCGAUGAUGAGCCACGAAUUGCGCACGCCGAUGAACGGUGUACUGGGCAUGCUGCAAUUGCUGGAAACCACCGAGAUGACUGAGGAGCAGACCGAAUACGCGGCGCUGGCCUCCGAAUCCACCGAGCAUCUGCUCAAGGUGAUCAACGAUAUUCUUGAUUUUUCGCGCAUCGAACGCGCGGCUCUGGAACUGGAACAUAUUCCGUUCAACCUCACCGACCUGAUCAACAGUUGCGCCCAGGCCUUCCAACAUAGCGCCCAGCAACGAGGGCUAGCGCUGCGCUUGCCGAUCCCGCCGGGUAUGGACGCACUACGGGUGCGGGGCGACCCUACGCGUAUCCGCCAGAUUCUGGUGAACCUGAUCGGCAAUGCGCUGAAGUUCACCGAACACGGCAGCGUCAGUGUCGAGCCGCACUGGCAGACCCUCGACCAUGAACUGGUGUGGUUCACCUGCACGGUGCGCGACAGCGGCAUCGGGAUUUCCGCCGAACGCCUGGAAUUGAUGUUCGACGCGUUCCAGCAAGCCGACAGUUCCAUUUCAAGACGUUACGGCGGCACCGGCCUCGGCCUGCCCAUCGCCCGCACACUGGCCGAACGCAUGGGCGGCACCCUGCGCGCCCAGAGCGAAGAAGGUCGCGGCUCGGUGUUUACCCUGGAAAUCCCUCUGGCUAUUGAUCAGCAGAGCCUGCCGUCCAUCGCCCCGGAUGCCGAACGUAAAAAUAGCGCUGGCGAAGGGCGCCAUGUGCUGUUGGUGGAGGACAACCCGGUCAACCGCACGGUGGUCGAGGCCAUGCUGCGCAGUCUGGGGUUUGAGGUGAGCCUGGCCACCGACGGCGCCGAGGCGAUACGCAGCGCCGAGAGCCUGAUUUUCACCGCGAUCCUGAUGGACUGCCGACUGCCGCUGAUCGACGGCUACGAAGCCACCCGACAGAUUCGCCAGUUACCCGGCUGCGCCGAUUUGCCGAUCAUUGCGCUCACCGCCAAUGCCUUGCAGGGCGACCGUGAAGCCUGUCUGGCGGCCGGAAUGAACGAUUACCUGGCCAAGCCGUUCAAACGUACGGAUUUGCAGCAUGUCCUGCAGCGUUGGGUGCAGUAAUACGGCCUUAUCAGCCAACUGCGACUG